AUGUUCAAGCUGAUCGUGGCAAGCUUGCUGUUGGUGGCGGUUGGCUGCGAUGCGUUCACGAACCCGAUAGCGCUGAAUGCACCUGACCCGUGGAUGGUCUACUACAAAGGCUUCUACUACCUGGUCGCUACCACGUGGAGCAAUUAUUUUGGCAUAAGGAAGGCUAGCACUUUGGCCGGUCUGAAAAAUGUCGAAAACGAGGUCGUGUACACGUUCGAGGGUCACUCAGGAUGGGCACCAGAACUCCACCAAGUAGACGGAAAGUGGUACCUUUACUACACGUCAUGCGGUCCAGAUACUAACACUGACGACCUUGCGUGUCACAGAAAUCGUGUGGCAGAAAGCGCUGGGGAUGACCCGAUGGGACCCUACACUCACAAGGCCGAUUUGAUUGAUGACGGUGACCCAUACGAAUUGGAUCCCAGUUUGAUCAAGAUCAAUGGUAAAUACUAUUUGAUCGCGUCGUAUAUUCCCGAUAUUCAGAAGAUGUACAUACGGGAACUGGUCAACCCUUACACACUAGCACCUGGUGUAAAACACUUGCUAUCCGAACCGACACUUGAUUGGGAAAGAGAGGGCGCCAGAGUAAAUGAGGGUCCCGAACCCCUUUACCACGGCAACAGAACCUUUAUAGUCUACUCGGCUAGUUACUGUGCCACGGAGAAUUAUAAGCUCGGUCUGUUAGAGUUUGUAGGUACAGACCCGCUCGAUAUCACACAUUGGAAGAAAUAUCCCAACCCGGUGUUCCAAAAAGACGUAAGCCAUCAUGUGUACGGUCCCGGACACAAUGGGUUCUUUCAGUCACCUGAUGGAACAGAGGAGUGGAUUAUUUAUCAUGCUAACAAUAGUCCGGAUGCUGGUUGUACCAUGGAAAGGUCAUCAAGGGCACAGAAAUUCACCUGGGGUGCUGAUGGACUGCCCGUAUUUGGCGUUCCCGAAGCCGAAGGCGUGGAAUUGCAAGCCCCGUCCGGAGAACAAUAA